CUGAUCUUCCAUUCCUUUCCACGUUAUAUACAUAUAACAUUUAACAAGUAAUUUACAUUAUUAAUUAUUAUGUAUUAACAACUAGUUUAUUAUUAUUAAUAAUUAGGUUCCAUCCAUUAACAUUUCACAAAACUACACUCUUCUUUCUUCUUCUUCUUCUUCUUCUUAUUCUUUCCAAUGGAGCAAAGAUUACUUGAGAUCAACGUUAUAUCCGCCAGAGAUCUCAACGAUGUAAACAUCAUGACCAAGAUGGACGUCUACGUCGUCGUUUCACUCUCCGGCGACUCUCAACAAACCAAAACCAACGUACACCGUGGCUCCGGCACAAACCCCACCUGGAACUUCCCCGUCAAAUUCACCAUCAACGACUCAUCAGCUGACUCCGCCGCCCAACACAGAAAUCUAGUUUUCACCCUCUUCUGCGACAGAGCCCUCGGCGAUAAAGAAAUCGGCCAAGUGAACGUCCCGGUCAAGGAGCUUCUCGACUCUGCUGCCACGUCAUCAUCCACACAGUUCGUGAGUUACCAGGUUAGAAAACCCUCCGGCAAACCCAAAGGCGAACUCCAUUUCUCCUAUAAGCUCAGCCCACCACAACAACUCACAGAGAAACCCGUUAAGUUUUAUCCUACGGUGGAGGUGGGCCCCACGGCCAUGGUGGCCACUCCACCCUGGCCAGUUGUUGGGGGUUAUAUUCCGGUGCAACCGGGUGUAGGGUACGGACAAGGUGGGUCCUAUCACUACUACGCUCCGCCACCUGGCCCACCGCCACCUCCUCAUCAUCAUAAUAUAUAUCCUCCUACACCGCACGGUUAUGGGUCGUACCCGCCUCCGCCGCCACCUGGAUAUGGAUACCCGAAUGGACCGGGUUAUGGGUACCCGCCACAUCAGCAAGGUGUGGGAUUUUGAUUGGAGAUGGGGCUGGAUUUGAUUUUUAAUGUAAUUUAAUUUAUUAUUAAUAUUAAUAUUAAUGUUUUUUUUUCUUUAUUAAGAGCUUGGAAAAAGUUAAUUAAGUAAUUAAUAUGAAAGAUAAAUAUUCUGACU